AUGGUCCCACCAAGAUUCCCAGCUCUCACGACACAGUCAUCGGCACCAACAAUCAACACUUGCGUGAGCACCUUUAAUUCCUUCGUAAUGCACCCUGAUGCGAUUCACGCGUGGAUCCAGACCAUUGUGACCACGAGCCCGUCCCACGAUCCCGCUUUCCCAACCGAGGGGCCGAGACGAAUCAUCGCGGACAUUGACGACGAAUCGCUGAACAAGGCAAAGUGCAGAUCCAUCAGAUAUUCAAUGUCGAGUCCGUCGAAGCGCCAACGACUUGAAGAUGUCCCCGAUGACAUCGUCACCGAUCCCGAGACGACACCUCGACGACCACAACGGCCAGGGACCAGGGUCGACACCACGGACAAUGUCUUCGAGAGCCCAGCACCCUCUUUCUCCCACGGCGAAAGGCCUCCUCCACCAGGGCAUUCCGGCUCUUCUGCCUCCCCCUCGGUAGCACCGACGUCCGUUUUUACGGGUGUCCUUGCCUCCCGGCCCCAUUUCGCAACGCCGGCGAUGGACCAGCGGCCCCAUUCAACUAGGUCGUCAGCCUCAUCACUCCAACGACCACGCAGCACAUCACCGUCAAAGCAACACAGGAAGAUGGCUGACUUGUUGACCCUUGAUCGGCCAGUGCGGUUUAAAAAAGAGAUGGAUAUGGGAGCCGCGCUUCCAUUUGAUGUUCAGGAUCUUUACGACGCACUUGUCAUGGCAGAGCACGGCGAAGAGAUCCUACCGCCCACUCUUGCUGAUAUCCCAGGCAUGAAUCUAAGGGAUAUUCGUCCCUACAUGUGGCAGCAAGUGGAUGAAGCGACCAAUACGCAAAGUACCGGAACAAGUACCCAGUCCUCCAACCGCUCUGUCGCUGAUAAACAUCGUCGUAUCCUGGAGAUUGUCAAGCUCUCCAAUGAGUCAUCUGACCUGCAUCGCUCCGAGGCGGCCUGGAACACCAUGGUCCAUUAUCCUCUCCUCCAUGAACUCACGUCAUUCUCCUCCGUUAUAGUCGAGCCGAUAACAUCGGCCCAAAUCGUCCCAGCCUUCCGUCCCUCCUUCUCUGGCCAGCCUUCCGACGAGGUCUCAUCGCAAAAAACAGGCUCCAGCUUCUCGAACACGGGUAGCAUAUCUGGUUACGACUCCAACGCUUCACCAUCACGGAUGAAUGCCACCAAAUCAGUCCAUAAGAUGGUUGACUUUGCGCUCAUCCUGGCUCCCGACAAGGAUCUCGAGGCCCUCAUCGAAACGUUCACCAAGUCCUCUCCUACAGCGACUGUCAACCAAACGGCGUACUACCCCCUCAAAUCUCGCCCGGCGCCAGUGUUUAUUGAAACAAAAACGUCCGCCGGCAAUAUUGAAGCAGCAAACGUCCAGCUAGGCGUCUGGAUAGCAGCGUGGCAUGAAAGUAUGCGCAGCAUCAUGAGACUUGGUGGCGGCAUGGAGCGAAUCAUCACCCUUCCUAUCAUCCAGGUUGUAGAGGGAGUCUGGACUCUCAUGUUUGCGGUAGACGCGCAGACCGAAAUCCAUAUUCUGGAUCGAGACUUUCGAAUCGGCAACAGCAGCACGGUUCACGGGAUGUAUCAACUCCAGGCUGCUCUCUCUGCAAUUGUAGUUUGGAUGGAGGGUGAGUUCAAGACAUGGAUUACUCGAGUCCUUCACAAAGCUUUUAGCUAG